UUCCCAGCAGGCAGCGCGCCAGCCUGGGACCGGAGGCGAGAUGGCGGACGGCGAGGAGGAGGUUUUGGAGCCCGCUGCCCCUUUUGCAGCCCCAGUUUCAUUCGGCUUCGCUCGCACCUCUGCCCGGAGGCUGCUGGCGGCCACGGGAGACGGCCCGGGGUCGGCCCCAGAGGAGAAGGAUUUCUUGAAGACCGUGGAAGGAAGGGAGCUGCUGAGUGCGAAGCCCCUGGAAGCCCCUAAGGAACUGGUCAUCCCGUUGAUCAGGAAUGGCUUUCGAAGGCAGCCCUGGGCCCAGAUGCCUGUGCAGCCCACAGAGGCUUUGGGGGACGGGGUGCUGUCCCAGGCGGUGAAGGAGCUCAUUGAGGAAUCCAAGAAGUCUCUGGAGGAGAGAGCGAGCCCGGGUGCUGACCCCACGCUCGCUAUCCCCGUGAUCCAGAAGGGCUGCGCCCCCGACGAGGAGGGGGCGGGCAGCGCGCCGCGGGCCGAGACGGUGCCGGAGGAGGCUGAUUACGAAGCUGUCCCUGUGGAGGCCUACGGGCUGGCCAUGUUGCGGGGCAUGGGCUGGAAACCUGGUGAGGGCAUUGGCCGCACUUUCAAUCAAGUGGUGAAGCCCCGUGUGAACUCGCUGAGGCCCAAGGGACUAGGGCUUGGUGCCAACCUGACCGAGGCCCAAGCCUUGGCCUCCAGUGGCUCCUACUGCCCCCCAACGCCAGAUGGAGAACAAGGGAAGGGUAAGGAAGACCAGCCGCAAGGGCUGGUGCCUGGAGGAGCUGUGAUGGUCCUUUCUGGCCCUCAUCGAGGCCUCUACGGGAAGGUGGAGGGCCUUGAUCCUGACAACGUGCGAGCCAUGGUUCGUCUAGCAGUGGGCAGUCGCAUGGUGACUGUUAGCGAGUACUGUCUGCGACCUGUGUCCCAGCAGGAGUUUGACAAGAACGCCUUGCAUCCUGGCCAGGCAAGCAGGACUUCCUCGGAGCAGCACAAUGGAACGUCCUUGUCAUGGGAGGCCCUCCAGAGUGAAGACCUCCGAGGCCGGCAGGGGGACUUGGAGAAGAAGCGGAAGCACCCUCUGGCCCGACAGAAUGGGCUUUUGGCCAAGAGUAAAAAAGCCAGCAGGAGCCAGCACUGGCUGCACAGGGACCUGCGUGUGCGCUUCGUGGACAAGCUCCACAAGGGCGGCCGGUAUUACAACACCAAGAUGACGAUUGAAGAUGUCCCGAGCCCAGAUACGUGCGUGUGCCGGACCGAUGGAGGCCGAGUCCUGGAAGGCCUGCGGGAAGACAUGCUGGAGACCCUGGUUCCCAAGGUUGAGGGCAAUCGCGUGAUGGUGGUGCUGGGGCCACAGGCUGGAAGGGUGGGCCAUCUGCUGAGCCAAGACAGAGCCCGGAGCCGAGCUUUGGUGCAGCUGCAGAGAGAGAAUCAGUUGGUGGAACUUCACUAUGACGCCGUCUGCCAGUACAUGGGCCCCAGUGACUCGGACGAAGACUGACUGACUGGGACACUGCUGUCCUUCGGGUCCUUGCCAGCUCUGUACCCCCCAAAAAGCAGCCUUGGAGAAGAUGAGAAGAUAGGUGUGCAGUCCUGCAGUGCGGGACGGGGAAUGGACGGAUGGACCAGAAAGAGACUAGAAACAAAUCCAGUAUUCACUAGAAUUGAGUGUAUAAUAAAAAAAUGGGGGGGAGGACAAGCCAGGUAUGGUGGCACACAUGCCUGUAAUCCCAGCAGUCGGGAGGCUGAGGCAGGA